CUCUCUGCUGUUUCUGAUCUCACUGAGAAAUGAGUCUCAGGGUGUGUUUUAUCUUCACAUAUCUCAACAAGGUUGCAUCAGAUCCACUUCAAACUCAGCAGCUAUGUCGCUGACGACCACAGGAAGUGCAGUGCAGUGUUUUUGGGGUUGUUUUGGGGCCAUUAGCAUCAACAUUAGCAUAAUUCCACCCUGUUGUUGGGCAACAUCACCAUGUAUUGCAUCAUCAUUUCAUCACAUCAUACACCAAAACUCUUUUUGUUGUAUGAGCAGUGGUGUAUGAUGUCACAGUGACAUAAUUUAUGUCACAAUAGAAUCCAAAGGUAUAUAAACUGGGCUGAUGAGUGAGGACUCACUCAUUCCCAGACCUUUGCCAAGUGAUUUACUUUGGAAUUACUGAGCAAUCAAACACAGAAAACCAAGGACACCUACGCAGGAUUAAUUUUCUGGACUUCAAUCUCUGAAAUUUAAUUUCUACACACACCUCUUUGUUUAUCGGUGCAAUGGCACAAAAAAAUAGGAACACCUCUCGCCGUGGAGGAAAUGGAAAACGUGGCAUCUCAGAACAAGAAAUUUGCUCAUUUGGUCAUCAGGAGCAGAUAUUGACCCUGAAGGGCCAUAAUGAAGAAAUGGAGCUGAGAAUUAAAGAGCUUAUGGAUAGUAAGAAGCAGCUCACCAGAGAGGUCUACAAGCUGAAAGACCUUCUGAAGAUCCAGGGAAAGGCCAUGGAAAAUCCGCUGGAGGCCAAUGACCAGAAAAUGGACGAGGCCUCAGCAGAGGACCAGGACCUUCCACCAAAGGUACAACAAGCUGCAAACAUCCAGGAGGUUGAAGUGGACAAAAGGGCAGAUGAGAAGAAAAGCCUGGAGGAAACGAACAAGGACGAAAAAGUUCUCUGGAAGAAAGAAAAAAUGGAAUUGGAGGCAAAAGUGGCAGAUCUCCAAAAGCAAAUCCAUGCCCUGGAGAUGAAAAAGGAAAUGGAACAGAAUGACUUUCUUGGCAUGCAGCAAGACGACGAAGCCUUCAAAGAAGAAAAAAAAGAAUUUCAGAAGGACAUUAAGAAGCUGCAGGAGGCUAAGAAGAAACUCCAGGAAAAAUAUAAAAAAUUAGAGAAAGAACUGGAGGUACAGAAGAGGAAGCUUGAGAACAAAGAAAGUAUUUUGGCUGAAAAAAAACAAAUCGAAGAGGAAAUGAUGUCUCUGAUUUCUGAGAAUCAAAAACUCAAAUCCAGUACAAAAGCUCUGCAAAAGCAAGCCAAAGAACUGGGGGAUGAGAAUGAGAGGCUGAUGAUCGUCUUCAACGACAAAAAGCAAGAGCUUGUAGAUACAAAGGUGAAAGAGGCCUUUCUGAAGCUCAAGCAAAAACUGAAGGAUGACAAAAAGGCUUUCCAGGAAGAGAGUCACAAGCUUCGACUGGAGAAGCUUGAGCUGGAGGCAAAAAAUGCAGAUCUCCUGAAGCAAACCGAACAUCUGAAGGCCAAACGUAAAGAACAGAUGGAGAAGAAGGAUCUGCAGAACAAAACCACGAAGCCAGAAGAUCUGGAGGCCAAAAUACAAAACCUCCAGAACGAAAAACAGCACCUGGAGGCCGAAAACAAAGACCUUCUCAGAGAAAAAGCAAAUCUGGAAACCAAAAAUAGAGACCUCGAGAUCAAAAAUGAACACCUGGAGGCUGAAAACAAAGACCUUCACCUGGAAAAAAUAAAUCUGGAAACCAAAACACAAGACCUCCAGAACAAAAAACAGCACCUGGAGGCCGAAAACAAAGACCUUCUCAGAGAAAAAGCAAAUCUGGAAACCAAAACUAGAGACCUCGAGAUCAAAAAUGAACACCUGGAGGCUGAAAACAAAGACCUUCACCUGGAAAAAAUAAAUCUAGAAACAAAAACACAAGACCUCCAGAACGAAAAACAGCACCUGGAGGCCGAAAACAAAGACCUUCUCAGAGAAAAAGCAAAUCUGGAAACCAAAACUAGAGACUUCCAGAAAGACAACGAUCAUCUGAACCUGGAUAAGAAGGCACUUGAGGUGGAAUAUCAAGCCCUUCACAAAAAGAGCGAAGAGAUGAUGGAAGUUACUAAAAUACUGGAGAAAGAAAAUGAGGAGCUGCAGGAGCUUCUCAGCAAGAAAAAGAAGAAGAAAUUCUUCAGGUUCUUCAAACACACUGAGCCAAAAGAGAAGGAAGAGCAGAAGAUGGAAAAGCAGAAAAAAGAGAAGAAGUCAGCAGGUUGCUGGAGCUGGUUCCACUAAACCUGCUUUCUUCACCUUCCACACCUUUUCCUCUCAUCUUUCUUCACCUUCCACACCUUUUCCUCUCAUCUUUCUUCACCUUCCACACCUUUUCCUCUCAUCUUUCUUCACCUUCUUCACCUUUUCCUCUCAUCUUUCUUCACCUUCUACACCUUUUCCUCUCAUCUUUCUUCACCUUCUACACCUUUUCCUUUCAUCUUUCUUCACCUUACACACCUUUUCCUCUCAUCUUUCUCCAGUCUAACUUCCAUCUUUCUCAUCUUGCCACCUCCAACCAUCACCUCUCCAUCCACCUUAUCCCCCAUUCUCCACCCCUUUCUCAGCCUUUUCUCACCCCUUUCUCACCUCUCUGUCCUCCCCUAUCCAAAGGGCAGCACGGUGGCUCAGUGUUCAGCGCUGUAGCCUCACAGAAACACCUCCUCCUGUUUCUGUGUGGAGUUCUGUGUUCUCCACGUGUUAGCGUGGGUUUUCCCCGGGUUACUCCGGUUUCCUCCCACAUCAUUAAAAAACACAAACCAAAUUAGGCUAAUUGGACACUCUAAAUUAUUUCAACUUUAAAAAAAAAAAAAAAAAAAAUCAUCAAAAAUAAAACAAACAACUAAACAUAUUUCAGCAUUUGUCUGCCUCUAUGGGUAAAAUACAACUAACUGCACCACAUUGUGGCUGCUGGUUGUUGUACAAACUGUUGGUUCUGAUGUCAACAAAACUAACGUUGUGAAGGUUAUUAUAAAUGUGUGUUUAGUGUUUUUGAUUCUUUGCAGGAAAUUGUUCCAGGAGCUACAAUCAUGACUGCACAUCUACUACUGAACAUAAAACAUUUAGACAGAGAAUCUGCUGACAGAAGUACUAAAACAUUCUAAAAACUUGUAAGAUGC